GAAGUUAAAAGUCUUCUUGCAAUUUUAGAUAGAUUGGUCGUUGGGAUUUCUUUAUUUGAAUCAGAUACUCCACGGCUAGCAUUAUUUUAUUAUUGGUAUCAUGAAUUAUUAGAGUCGGGUGAUAUUGCGCAAGCAGUAACACGGUUUAAUAAUAGACCAGCACAUUAUCAAAAGAAUAUUGAACUACUAGACUCAACGGAUGAUAACUCGAAUGACUCAUACAAGGAAAUCUUAGCUGAAGAUGCAGAUGAGGAGUUGCUUGAAAACUAUUCAAAUAUUGAAGAAAGUGAUAGUGAAACAGAUAAGGAAGUAGAUAAUGAAAAUGAUGAAUAG